AUGGCUGAGAAUAACGAACACCAGCAGCCUCAGCCAAACCGACGAAGCAUCACAACAACCUACACCCGCUUGGCUCUCCUCCUCACCACGACCCUCCUCCUAGGCGCCGCUCUGUCGGCUCUCAUAACAACCUUUCUCACAACCCACCUCCACACCCUCACCACAUCUCACAGAAAUGACAACACCCUCGCCUUCCCCACCGACUUCUCCUCCCGCCCAGUAACCUACCUCCAAACCGCCCCCUGUGGCUCAACACCAACUCAAGCCCGCGCCGCAGGCUGUCAAUUCGACCUUAUAUCCUUCAACUGGCUCCCUCCCCAAUGCCACGACGCUGCCCUCGCAGAGACCUUUGAAGCGGAACUCGUGGAAGCGGGACAACUCGCCUGGUUCACAGACGCGAACCGCACGGCGCCGUCGUUGACGAGGGCGCAGAUUAUGACGGGAGAGUAUAGCGGCGUGUAUGUCAGCUUGGGAUACCAUCUUCGGCAUUGUACGGCCAUGUGGAGGCGGAUGCACCGCGCGUUGAUGCAGAGUCGCGGUGAGGAGAGUGAUGGAGGUGGUUUGGAGCGGGUUGAUAGUUAUAUUUGGAGUUAUCACCAUACUUUACACUGCGAGGAAGUGUUGUUGAGGAGGUUUGGCGAGGUUGAUGUGGGAGAAGUGUUCACGACGGAGGUGAGGAUCAAGUAUCCCGAUUGCGGCGUCGUUUUGGGGCCCGUAGAAUAA